GCACAGUUGUCAUCGUCGUGUUGUUUAUUUUGGUAAAUUUUGUUUUCUGCAUAUUAUCGGUUUCUUACUAAUAUAACACCAUAUACCGGCAACAAUUAUUCUGCCCCGACAAUGAGCACCAAUAAAUCAAAACUAAUCAUUUUAUUUAGUGGUAAAAGGAAAGCGGGCAAAGAUUUCAUCGCAGCUGCAUUAUUAUCAAAACUUGGUGAAUCCGUGGCAGAAAUCAUUCGCAUAUCUGAACCAAUAAAGAAGCAUUGGGCAAAGAAGAUGGAACUUAGCGUUGAGGAAUUACUUGGCUGCGGUCCAUUAAAAGAACAACACAGAAAAGACAUGAUAGUUUGGAGUGACAAAGUGCGAGCUCAAAUGCCAACAUUUUUUUGUUUAGAUGCCUUCAAAUCAGCCAAAAAACCGAUUACAAUUGUUAGUGAUGUUAGACGUCGGACCGAUAUGGAUUACUUCACCAGUUUAAAUAUCCCAGUGUUAGCGGUUCGCAUAAACGCUAGCGACGAAGAACGUAUUAAGAGAGGAUUUGUCUUUACUGAGGGCAUUGAUGAUGUGGCGUCUGAAUGUGGCUUGGAUGACUUCGAUGAUUGGGAUUUUGUGAUUAAUAACGAUGUUGAAUCGAAUGCCGAAAGUAUUUUCCAAAAUAUCAUGAUUUAUGUUGAAAAUGUACUGAAGACAUAAAAGGUGAGAAGACGAAAAAUGGUGAAAAAAGACGUGAGAUUUUUAUAUUUUGUGGUUGGUGGUUGUAAAAUGUUGAUUUUUAAGUUUUGUACACUCAAACAUG